AUGCACCUCUCCCAGCUGCUGGCCUGCGCCCUGCUGCUCGCGCUACUCUCGCUCCGGCCCUCCGAAGCCAAGCCCGGGGCUCCGCCGAAGGUCCCGCGCACUCCGCCAGGGGAGGAAGUGGCCGAGCCCCAGGCUGCGGGCGGAGGUCAGAAGAAGGGCGACAAGACUCCCGGGGGCGGCGGCGCCAAUCUCAAGGGCGACCGGUCGCGACUGCUCCGGGACCUGCGCGUGGACACCAAGUCUCGGGCGGCGUGGGCCCGUCUUCUGCAAGAGCACCCCAACGCGCGGAAAUACAAGGGAGGCAACAAGAAGGGUUUGUCCAAGGGCUGCUUCGGCCUCAAGCUGGACAGGAUCGGCUCCAUGAGCGGCCUGGGAUGUUAG